AGUUGACUUCGAUCCGUCGAGCGUAACGCGUUGCAAGCGGUACGUCGAACACUCCUCUCUUGCGCACUCGUUGCGUCCGGAAUAGUCGUCAGACAAUUUCUCUUCUCGUAUAAUUCAAUUCAUUCAAUGUAAUGUUCCACGCGAACGUAAUCGACUCGCGAAAAAAAUCGUAAAAAACUGUGUGUGACAUUUGUGUUGUAAAACGUAACAUUUAGCCAAAAAAAAAAAGAAAAAAGAAAAAAAAAGAAAAAAAAAGAAAUAACGAUAUAGAAAAGUGAACAGAGAAACGAAAAGAAAAAACGGAAUAUCUCGAUCGUACGAAUCUCUAUUGCUAAGCUCGUGCGCUCGCUUUGGUGGGUUGGUUCGAUCGAUAAAUACACGGGGUGCGUGCACUGGCGUUCAGCAAAUAAUCAGCCAGUACGUUUUAGAAGGUGUGCUCGCUUGAUCGAAUUAAAUCAUCGACCCGUAUCUUUUUCAAUCCUUACCGAGCCGGCAGACAAAUUCUCGCGCGUCGACGCCGGCCAGAAGAAUCGAGUCGAGUGGAAAAAUACGUACAGCGGACACACGCGCAACAUGAAAGCGAUGGUGGUGAGCCCGGUGGGCGGCAGAGUACCGCCAAGUCGUGGUGUCCUGCAUAACAGUCUCGGAAUCAACGGAACUCGUCGUGACCUGGAAGCAGAAGAAGUGGCUGCUUACUUAACGAAGUUGAGAUCUCUGGUUCCCGACAUGCCGAGGAAACGGAAAUUAUCGAAGCUCGAGGUUAUCCAAAGGGUUAUCGAGUAUAUCUGUGAUCUUCAAACAACACUCGAGGAGACGAAUGUGCAUAAUGAAUCGACCGUUGCAAAAACGGCAUCGAGACAGCCGUUACAACCGUUGUUGAACGCGACGACGACGACCGUCCCUACGACAACGACAACAUCGACGACGACAACGAUAACCGGGAUGGUCGCGGAACGGUGACCUGUGUCAGCGUUGAACGAGUUACAGUGAGGUCCAGGUCGUCGCAAGCUUCUCGUCCUCGUGGGCUGACGACUUGACCUCCAUGUUUCGGCGUCGUGGAACCGUGUUCGAGUCUUCGUCGGGGAGUUAAAUCGAGAACUCGGCUCGUCGUGGUAACUCGUAUGGAUGGUUGCCUUAACCUGUUGUGUUUCGUGCUCGUCCUCCACUGUACAGAGAUUUCUCGAAGAUUCGAAGGCCGAAAAAGGAAAACAGGGAUAAGAUCUUGGUGCUCAAGUUAUCAUCGGCAUAAAGAGCAAAAUGUUUCGAGCGUUUCGAGAAAAGAGCGACCUAACCUAACAUCGAUAAGGAUGCGCUCGAAGUAUCGAGGCGGCGCCUGAGAGAAGAAGAGCGAAGAACGAUGCGAAAGAAGGACGACGAAGCGGGCCAAUUACGGCCGAUCUAACUUCUUUCUUCGAGGAAAGAUGUAAAUACUUGUACAUAAAAUUCACCGCAUUCCUCGCGCGAGAUCUUUCUUCUCAUCUUCAAUCGAUUCGCUUCUUUUUCAGUCCAUCCAACUUUCCGCUUCCAACCCCGAGAUUCUUGUAAUCUUUUCCUAAUCCGAGCUGUGUUGUACACAUGUAAACGCGACGAUCGCAUUGUCUCUUUUCACCGAUGAUUAUGUUAUUUCAUUUAUCCAAACAAUCGCGAAGAUUGUGUCACUCUACGAUUUACUUUGUAAUUUAUCGUUCCGAUGCAAAAUUCCGCUCGAUCGGUGAUGAAUUCGAUUUGAAAUUCAGGAAAUGUUCAAUCCAUUAUAAAUUUUUGUCCCAGAAGUGGAGAUUAUUUAUUUGUAAAGAUCGACGAUAAUUAAAAUCGAAUUGAUCACGUCUCUAAUUGUAAGCAUACAACCCUCGUUCACAACUGUGGCCGUGAAUGGAUUUCCCCCUCCCUUUCUUCGAUAGUUUUCGCGUGGAAGAGAAAUGUUUAUCAUCACAUUGAUCAGAGCCCGUAUUAUUAUUAUUUCAACUCCCCCUUGUAGAUAAUAAAGCGAAUUAUUUGUAUUACUGAUCGAUUAAUCAUCGAUAUUCUAUAUUAUUAUUAUUAUUAUUAUAUAUUACAUGAUUAUUAUUAUUAUUAUUGUUAUUGCUUUUCAUAUUAUUAAUUUAGAGAUUUCUCCAUAACUAUUGUAUAUUUGCGAAGACUGAAAGGCUGUAAAAUAUAAGUAUAUACUUGAUAACACGAGCUUGCUACACUCGCUCGUGUACGAGAAUAAAAAUACAAACUGUGUCCAUGC